GAUCGAGGCUGCUCUCAUUCUCCUCUCUCUGUCUCUCAUUCCCACUCUACACCAGCCGGGGGACCCUCAGGGUCGAAGGUUUCGCCCUGUCUGCAGCGACCCCCCACCUCCCGACCCCCAGCCCCCAUGGCCCGGCUCCCAGCCCAGGACUGACGGCAGCUCGGGGACCCAUCCAGCCGGGAGCGAGUCGUCAUCUGAGAAGUUUAUGAAUGCCCCUCUGGAUUUAGCUGUUGUCUGGCGCACAAUGCUAGCUCCGCCCUCCUGUUCCAGAACGCUGUGAGUUGCUCAUGUCUAUAAGAAAGGAAGCAUGGCUCAUGGAAUUCCCUCGCAAGGCAAAGUUACAGUAACAGUGGAUGAAUACAGUUCUAAUCCUACCCAGGCAUUCACACACUAUAACAUUAACCAAAGCAGAUUCCAGCCCCCUCAUGUCCACAUGGUAGACCCUAUUCCGUAUGACACUCCAAAGCCAGCCGGCCACACGCGGUUUGUCUGUGUCUCUGAUACCCACUCCAGGACAGAUGGCAUCCAGAUGCCAUACGGGGACAUCCUUCUGCACACGGGCGACUUCACUGAGCUAGGCUUGCCCUCCGAGGUGAAGAAGUUUAAUGACUGGUUAGGAUCUUUACCCUAUGAAUAUAAAAUAGUGAUUGCUGGAAAUCAUGAACUGACUUUUGAUAAAGAAUUCAUGGCCGAUCUUGUUAAACAGGAUUACUAUCGGUUUCCCUCUGUUUCGAAGUUGAAACCUGAAGACUUUGACAAUGUGCAGUCACUUCUUACUAACAGUAUUUACUUACAAGACUCUGAAAUCACCGUAAAAGGAUUCCGAAUAUAUGGAGCACCAUGGACACCGUGGUUUAAUGGAUGGGGAUUUAAUCUUCCCAGAGGUCAGUCUUUGCUUGACAAGUGGAACCUUAUCCCAGAGGGUAUCGACAUACUAAUGACUCACGGGCCUCCCCUUGGUUUCCGAGACUGGGUCCCAAAGGAGUUACAACGAGUUGGAUGUGUAGAACUUCUCAACACUGUGCAAAGACGAGUGAGGCCCAAACUCCAUGUUUUCGGUGGGAUUCACGAAGGUUACGGGAUUAUGACCGAUGGAUACACAACGUACGUCAAUGCCUCAACGUGUACAGUCAGCUUUCAACCAACCAACCCUCCAAUUAUUUUUGACCUUCCCAACCCCCAAGGUACAUGAAAAGCCAGAAGGAAUCAGGAAGGUUUAAAAAAACAAAACAAAAAGAAAAACUGCCAUUUUUGCUCUUUGUAUCUAUCUACCUGCAGAUCUUGUGUUUCUUUUUUUUUUUAUUUAUUUAUUUUAUUAUUUUUUUUUUGCUGGUACAAAGAAGAAAAAUAAAGACACAUUUAAGCUUGUGUGCUUCAAGCUCCGACAUCUACUUUGAAAUCAAAUGUUUGCUCUCCACAGACUGCUUUUGGAAGUUGUACACGUCCCUUGACAUUAACCAAAUUUCGAUGAACGCCAACAUUGAAUAUUUAAAAAACAGAAUUGCAAAAACCACCAGGACUUGCACAGCUUUAUCGUCCGCUUUAUUAUUUCUACUUAUGACCUGCCUUUAUAUUCUGGGGUUUGUUCUAUUUUUGAUUUUUUUUUUCCUCUCUACCCCCCACUGUCGUUCAAUUAUGUGCUUUGUAAUUUACUUGUUUGUCGGGGAGCACUUUGUAAUUGCGAGUUUCUUUUUUUCAUUUUAGUUUUUGUUUAAGUUGUCUAAGCUAGAAAAACUCAUUUUGUAUAAUUAUGAAAUACUUUUUUUUUCUUUUUUUCUUUUAAAGUUAAUUAAAUUAUUUUAUCUUUAAAAAUGUAUGAAGCUUAAAUAGCUGUAAAGAUCGGGUAAAACCAUGCAGUAAAACUUGUAAAUGCAGACUCCUUUUAAAUAUGGAUUUAUAUAUACACAUUAUAUAUAUGUAAGUAUUUUUUGUGUGUUCUAACAGAACUUGGGAUUUAAUAUUGGCAGAGUGGCAUCGUCAAAGAAAACAAAAAUGCUGUACAGCACUUCUAAAUUAUAAAGGGUGAGACAUUUUUGCGAAUGUCCUAUUCUUUUUCAAGGCAGCGGUAUAUAUCUGUGUGCAGUUUUAGGCAUGCAUGUGCGGAAUUAAAUUAAUACAAUCAAGCCAAAAAAAGGGCUUUGUUGCUCUUUAUUUCAUUCUGUAAUUCCUAUCACCCCCUCUUACCCACCUGAUCCUUUUUCUUAUUUUGCACUGUGUAAAUGCAAUCUUGCUAGCACAAAAAUAUUGUUGCAAAUGGCUUUUUCUGUUGGGUUUUUUUUUUUUUUUUUUUUCCUGUAAAUGCUUUUCCGAGACUUUGACCUGUUUUAUGUUCUCUUGGUAAUAAACUUUAGAAUACCUUGUUUAUUUUAAAUUUGUUGUGAUAUUA